UCAAGUUUUAUUGUGUCCCCAAACAAAUUCAACAUAACUUGUCAAUGGACUGAUUUUACGACAAACGUUAUCUUUCUUCGUCAAACACAAAUAUAUCCUUCUGCCAGUGGCGAGCAUAGUCGAUUUUACAAUGUUUUACAAGUAAAAAAUCCUGCAAGUGAAUGUCACGUCCAGACAUCCUUACCUGUAGCGUGCGUCUGUAUCAAAUCUUCUGCGGCUAGUUGUAUUAUAAAUAAUUCGCUGGAAGAGCAUAUUAUUGUACAAUGGAAGUGUGCAAUAGUCUUAAACGAGACAUUGACGGAAAGCAACAUAACAACUCUAACAAAAUACAAACCUGCAAAAAUAACAACAUUUCAAGUAAAUGCAUUUCAAGGAGUGUCCAAUGUGACAUUAAAAGAAAACAGCACUGCGAUGCUGACCUGUAUUUCUGAAGGUUUUCCUAUACCGGAAAUAGGUCUUAUCAAGGGCGAAACAUUAGCGAUAGGAGUUUCUAUUGUUCAGUCAGAGAUAAGCAUAAAAGGUCAACUUAACAAAACGUUUAUCAACGUUAACCGCCAAAUGACUGGCAAAUAUACCUGUGUUGCUUCCAACAUACACGGGCAAAGUGAACAAAGCCUUUAUUUGAAUAUAUUAUACCCUCCAUCUGUUAUUCGCACUGAAAAUGUGUACAUUACGGAAGGAGAAAGUAUCAACAUAACAUGCAAAUAUGAACCUGGUAAUCCACCCGAGACGGCAGUGCAGUGGAUAAAAGCAGGCGUUAUAUAUUCAAACAAAACAUUACUGUAUCAGAGAGUAGCCAGAACUGAUGCUGGUAUCUACACUUGCAUUGCGGCAAACACAUACGACAACGGACAUACCAACUUCACGGGAGUCGAUUAUCAGCGGUUUAUCCUGCACGUUUUAUAUCAACCAAUAGUUCAGAGAUUCAGUUUAGAACAAUUUGACGAUAAUUUAAACGUAACAGUAUCAGAAAACGACAAUGUCGUAUUUAACUGUGUCGCUGAAGGAUUUCCUUCGCCAGACAUGCGGCUAUUGAAAGAUAGCGUAAAACUUGCCGAAUUCAACGGUAAAAGUCAAGGAAACACUACAACUCGACUUUGGCAUGAAAUGCCUUCCGUGGGUAGGCAUGAUAUGGGACAAUAUACAUGUGAGGCAUCAAAUACGAUUGGAUUAGGCGGAAAGAAGAUGUUUUUUAAUGUAUUGUUUCCAGCAAGCAGAAAAAUACCUAUUCAAGACGUUUCAAACAAUAGAAAUGAAGCAAAUAUUUAUCUCGGUGGAGAAAUAACAUUUUCGUUUUCAGCAUUGGCAAAUCCACUUCCGACAAGUGCUGAAUAUGUUUGGCAUAAAUGCAGUGACACCAAUAUAUGUACUGAAAUCGCCAACAGUUCCCGUUCUUAUAUAGAGACGUAUAGAGAUUUUAGCAACCUAACGGUAGUCAAUAUAACGGAGUCAGAUUAUGGGAUGUACAUUUUGCAAGUGGGAAAUGGAAUAGGAAAGCCUCAUACGGAAGUUUACUUUUUGAAGCGUCUAUCGUCUUUUCCCACAAAGCCAAUCACCAGCGUGUCACAUAUUGGACUUAUAUCAGCAGGAUUAAGUGUAGUCUUUAUUUUAGUAGUUAUAUUUGUUGUUGCCUGUGUGCACCGACAUUUAAGACGACGGAAAACAAUAGGAAAAAACGUCGGAUAUCUGUUUGUUGUUCCAUCAACCCCUUACUACAACGACACUACUGCGCAACCUCCUUUAGUGCCCUUGGAUCGGUUAGAUGUUCAAGGCGAGGCUAUUGCUCUGUCUUCUUCAUUGCCUGCAGAAAAUGUGGAUGUUCAUAGCGAGAUUUACAGUGAAAUUGAUCCACAGCAAGUCGAAGAUAUUAUAUCUAGAGAUGACAGAGCUACAAACGAGGCGCAGCUAAUGGCAGAACAAAUUCGAUAUAAGGGUUUGGGUCCUCCGGAACAGGGUGAUGAGCCGCAGUACAUUUAUGGUCGUUGUGGCCGCUGACUGAUAUUUCAAUAAUACAUUUUGAAAGACUGUGAAUGUACACAAGAUGCAUUUCAAUAUACAUAAUAUUGAACUAAAAACAGUGCCAUCGCAUGCGGCGUUAAACACAGCGUAUCACAAUACAACAUUUAUAGAACGCAGCAAUUGAAACAUAGAAACAAUACAGAGGAAGACAAGGAAGCAAAAGCCAACUACGGACCAGAUAUUGCAUUCCUUAAUAGUCCGUUGCAUCACGACAUACAUUGUGGUUAGAUAUAUUCAUCAGAGAUCGAGAUUUAUAAUUAACAACCGUAAUGAUACAUGGUAAUCUAGCAUUUAAAGAACUCUUGAAUUGAAAUUUGUUUUUGCUUUCUAGUUUAGAUUGUCAACUGUAUAUUGGUUUUGAUCGAAGUAUCUUAUGCAUUGUUAGCUUUAUGAUGCACGUAAUAUAUUUAAAUAAUUACAUGUAUUUUUGCUUCGGAUUGCUCUUUCUAUGAUGGGUUAAUAGGGACAUGUGAGUGUAUAUAGUGUACGUUUAAUUAAGUGAUAUAAUAUAAUAAGUGUAGUUCAAUACUUCAAUCUUACUUCAUACAUCACACGCGAUGAAGUCACGUAAAAUAACAAACAAAAUAAAUAAAUUUGCGGCCAUACGCAUAACAAAGUUUAGAACACACAUUUUGUAUCAACUGCAUGAUUAUUUAUCAACUCGUUUGAGAAUCAAACUACUUUGAGUUGUAUCGUUAUUAAUCGGUCAAUAGCAACAACUAUUUUUCGAUCGGAUGUGUUGCGUGGACAUUUAAACAAUCGUAAACGAUUUUACAAAAACCUUAAAAAAAUCCAAUAAGUUAUAUAUUUUUGACGAUGCUGCUUCAGCGAAGCAGCUCGUCUAAGUUAUCAUACCAUGAACAAAUUCUUCUCAAUGGCGACCUAUGUAAAAGACCGAGCCAGUCCGAUUGAGUUUGCUAAAUUUUCUCAACCGGCAUGCCUCAUUGAUAAAGGUUAAGGCAACUUGGUUCCCUUCCUUUUUCAAAUUUAUCGAGAGGUUCGGGACAGGAACCAGACACGAAACUGUCAGGUGGCACGUCAGACGCUGUGACGCUGGGAAAACUCCUAAUGUAGUUAUUUUUAGAUUUGAUUGAGAAUGUAACCCGCUUCCCAGUUUUGCUGAAUGGGUCAAGUUCCCCACGGGUACAACUUCCCCGUACCCCUAUAUGUUGUUCGUACCCAAAAUUUUGCGUACCCAUUUUUUUUUCGUACAAUUUUUAUUUGCAUACCCAUAUUUUUUCGUAUUCAAAUUUUGUUUCGGACCAAAAAAAUUCUUACCCAAAUUUUUUUUCGUACCCAAUUUGUUUUUGUACCCACAUUGUUUUCGUACCAAAAUUAUUUGUCAUACCCAAAUUUUUGGCCGUACCCAAAUUGUUUCGUACCCAAAUAUUUUUCCCUACCCAAUUGUUUUUUCGUACCCUCAUUUUUUUCAUACCCACUUUUUUUCCGUACCCAAAUUUUUUUUGCUGUUUUUUUCGUGCACGACAUUUUCGUACCCAAUUUUUUUCGUACCCACAUACACAAUUGUGGUGAUGUAGAUAAACUUCAAAAGCAUCGUCACAGCAGUAUUUUCAGUACUUUGAUUUAUAGUAUUGUACACUUUUGGGCAGCACAUAGUGACAACAGCAAAGUUACAAAUGUAAUCGUUAACUGUUAGUAGUGUUGUUAAUAUUCAUGUCACCACGACCACGACUUAACAUUAAACAAUACUAUUCAUUCACAAGAUAGACCUUACAAGAGUAUUGAAGUAGACAUAAUGAAAACGAAUUAAGGUAAAACAAUAUACGCUUUAUAACCCCUUUUGCAAUCGUAAACAAACAAGGAACAUAUUUCUUUGGAAUGCAUGAGUCAUGUGCGAAAGGGGUAAACCUUAACCGUCUGACAUCUAACAUUUCGUGAUAACACGUCCACAUGAAAAUGAACUCAGCAAAUGUGCUUCUUGUGUGUAUUGCAAUAUUUUCAAUUGGUUCGAGACAGUCAAGCGCAAUUCCCCUUAAUUGCACUGUAACCUCACACCAGGAGAUUUACGUCGAAGUGCAAACAAACGGAACAGUUACAUGCGAGAUUUCUCGUCGGGCAUCCAAGAUAAUAAUAGAAGUAGUACAAUGCAUUAAUAACUUAACAGACUGUAUUCUUGAUCCAGGUAUUUUGAUUGAAAAGCAUGACGCUCAUCGUACAUCGACAGUAACUAUUCUGAGUAUCCGGAAUCAUUCAGAAGACCUGCUUGUGUCAUGCUUCGAUCCGUAUAUUAAGGCUCCAUCCACUCACCUAGCGCUUCCUUAUGACUGUUUGCUACUGAACCAUACAUAUUCAGAUGGUGUUACCGAAACGACAAAUGUUGAAGGACAAAGUAACAACUAUAAAGCCGGAAUUUUAAUUGGAUCAGUAACUGGCGUCGUUAUAUUAGCUGUUAUUUGUGUGGUACUAUGGUUAAACCGACGAUAUAUACCUUUAUUUGAAGAAUCAAAAUUAGCAAAGUUCCGUCAACCGCGGAAACAAAAUGAAAUGCAGAGCCAGAGCGGAAAUUAUUGUGGUAACGGUAACCCAUCUACAGAAUUAAAGCCGCUUGUACCACUAUCCGGCCAGAAAGAAGGACAGGUUGAUUCUGUACACGUAGUGGUGAACGAUCCAACUGGAACAAAUGGUAUGAAGGACUUUUUAAUUUUACACGCGGAGGACGAUGCAGUAUUAGCCAGGGAGGUGAAAGACAAGAUAGACGGUGUGUGUGGCGUUAAUAUCCGGCCAUUAGUAGACGUGUUUGCCGAUGUCGGUUUUAAUCAUGGGCAAUUAUCAUGCCUUGAUCAAAUGAUGAAUGAGUACAGAUGUGUAAUCUUUGUCAUCACUCCAAACUUCAAACUAGACAAGAUACAUUUGUAUCAAGGUGAAACUACAUUAGUGAUGGAUUUGAUGGAUUUAAGACAUGACCAACAACAUCGAUUUGUGCCACUUUUAUGCAACAUUAAGAGAAAAGACCUGAAAGUAGGUUGGCUUUCGACAUUGAUACCUUUAUACUAUACAGACAGUGGUAUGCAGCAAGUUAAGCGUUUGAUAGAAAACAUUCGAAAAUUGGAACUUUAAAUAAUUUAAAACACAUAUACCUUGAACUCCAAUCAAACAAAUACACAUGCUAAUUAUUUAAGUUUAAAUGUAAGGUGACUGACUUUAGUUUUGUCAAGUUAUAUAUAUAUAUAUAUUAAGUUCCUAUAUUAGGUAUCUAAGGCUCUGUUCACACUAUGCAUGAAUGCAAUGAAAAUUUGUGACCGUCUUUCAGUUCCUUUUUAACUCAAGUGCCAGAUCAAGCACAAUAAAGUCACUAUUUGUGAUAUGCAAGUAUAGCGUCGCCGAUUGUUUUUCAACAAGUUUUGAAAAAUAAACAAGUCCUGGUGCUUUUGCGGACAUUAAUAUUCGUCGAUACAAUAUUAUUAUAUGUUGUUGUUUUAAAUGUUUUGCACCUUUCCACAAUUGUAAAUAAAAUCAAAUACAAUGCUCACCAGUCAUAUCACGUCUUGGUUGGUACGAAUCAAAUAAUUUAAUAACUUUCCUGAAAACGUGGUUUAGUUUUUGUGAAUGUUCUUAGUUCUCGCGGUAAAAUGUGUAAUUUUGCUGAAUAAAAAAUAAUACUUUAUAAAAGCUGGUGAUGAGUUGAUAAAAGCCGUGGCAAAAACAUAA